CUAAAAAUUGCCUUUUCUUCCUAAAACUAUGGAGGGAACGUAGCUGUUCAGAUAAAGGCCUUGAGCGUCGCUACCUUUCCCCUCCGAUCCUCCGUUCCACCGUUCCACCCAUCAGUUUUUUUCUUCUCUGUUGUUCUGUUCUAUUCUGUUCUGUUCUAUCAUAUCUAGCUAUUUUGCGAAAGUUUUCUUGAGUAACGCCAAUGUGCGUGCUCCUCCCGGAACGACCCAUUCUUAAACAAGAAAACCCAACUAAGAUUCUGAUUCAGGGUGUGUUGUAUAUUUUGGUGUCUGAUGUUUGGUAGCCUGCCCGGCUAGAUUCGAUUAGAUUUUGGUCUCUUUUCACAGUCAAUUUGUUGAAUUCGGGGUCUGUUGGUGAGUGGACAUUUUUAUGGGUCUACUUUGGGACAGAGACAGGUUUGUUCGUGGGACAGCUUUGAGAUUGGAGCGCUCUUAGGUGCACGAUAAAGCUGACCAUCAUAGACCAGCGGCGACCAGCAGCGACCAGCAGCACCUAUUUAUGUCUUAUCGUCGGUGGAAAUGCUUGACAAUAAAUUAGAAUUUGUGCAAAUUGUCCCAGCCCAGCCGAUCCACUCCACUCCACUCCACUCCACUCGAUGGUCCCGCCAUGAUCGUGCAAAUAAUAGAGUCAAAACUGAAGAAGCAAAAGCCCUCAGGCAAAUCGCAGAUCUCUGUGAUUUAUACCAUAACAAAAUAAAACCUAAAAAAAAUCAAACAAUAACCACAGAGUCGAACUCUGGGUACUCUACCCGUAUGUCCUUUUUGAGGAAUCAACUAGUGGGAUCACCAUGGAGACGCCCCUUUUUGGGGUGUAGAAUCUAGAUGAAUUAUGUCCAUACAGCAGGGUAUCUCCCAGUCGAGCCACGUCAUUAAAUACUCGAAUGGGCUGCCUGCUUGGGCUUGGUGCCUUCGAUUGUGGCUAUCCAUAAGCAAAAUACGGACAAUGCGGCGUUUGCUGAGGUCAACGAUUUCUGUUACGUUGUCUUUCACGCUUUUGACGCUUUUUUUGUGACUUGGUCUAAGAGUGUGUGCGUGAAUAUGAAUUUAUAAGUUUUGCGGCUUAUGUAAACCAUUCAGCAAAAUGAGUGGAAGUGCCACCAUCGAAAUAUGUAAUGGGCAAGAGAGUGUGGCCUGGCCUGGUCUGGUCUGCACGCCAGUGAUGACAUAAUGGAAAACAGUUGCGAAUCAAUACGAAGAAGCUGUAAGGUGAUUCAUGGAGAAUUCAUCGUAGAAUAUUUUGUAAUACAAUGAACCUCAGUGGCAGGCGUCUAAAGAUACACAUCUUGAAGGUCUUCUGAUAAACGCUAUUCAAUUAGACUAAAAUGAAAUGCAUGUCUGCAGCGAUACUCCUAUUUUCGGCAACUGUGUCGAAAAUAUCCGCAUAAAUAUAAUGGAGAGGCUGCUGGGUUCCCUCAGUUACCUGAAGAACUUACCCGAAGAACUUACCAAAAAAUGUCCAAAUAUCUAUCGUACCUCUGGCUGGUUCUGCUGUGGAGCGGCAUGUCACAUGGAGAUCACUUUGAUGAGUGUGACGGAAUGGCCGACGAGUCGUUUGUCCAAAGCUUAGACAGCUGUCAGUCCUAUGUGUACUGCAUGGGCGAGGACUCGCUGAAGGGCGAUUGCGAUGAUGGUGAAUACUUCGAUGCCGAGUCGGGGGGCUGUGAUGAUGCUGCCAAUGUGCAGUGCUUUCUGGACGAGGUCGACGAGCCGGAGCUGGAGCCGGAGCCGGAGCCGGAGCCGGAAGAGGCAGAAGAGGAGGAGCUCACACCAGCCACGGCACCUCCAACGGAUCCAGCACCACCGGUGGACCAGUCCACCGAAGUGGAUAUCCUCAACAUUGCGCCGGUGGUGAAGCCCAAUUGUCCGAUCAGCGACGACCCCAGCCAGGUCAUACUCAUGGCCAGUAACGAAUCAUGCACAAAUUAUUAUCUGUGCUAUCACGGACAUGCCAUGGAAAUGCACUGCACCAACCAGCUGUACUUCAAUGCCCUCACCGGGCAAUGCGACCACGCGGAGAACGUUCAGUGUGCGCUGGAAGAUCCGCGCGCCCACAAAUGCCUGCCCCAUAUGACAGAGUUCUUUCCGCACCCGGACAAAUGCAAUUACUUCUAUUACUGCAUCAAGGGCUUCCUGACAAUACAGCAGUGCCCCUUUUACUAUGGCUGGGACAUCGAGCGAAGGAGUUGUGUGCAGAUAAAUGUGGCGAAAUGCUAUGGAAACUCCCGGCGAACAGACUCGACGUUCUGUGUGGACAACAUCACUUGCAAUGUCGCCUUCUAUUGCAACGAGCCAAUCAUUUCGGGCAAUUCCACUGUUGCGCCGCUUAAUUCAACGUCGACGUCGACGUCAACGUCAACUUCAACGUCACGAUCGCCGACCCUCUCCACAGCCUCGCCGCUGGAUGUGCGAGAGCAGUGUCAUCAGGGGGUAACCAAAAGGUUCAGCUAUCCCCAGAAUUGUAACUACUUUUACUACUGCGUGGACGGCUUUCUGCUGGUGGAGCAGUGUCCCAUUGGAUAUGCAUUCAAUGCUACGACUGGAGCUUGCGGCGGACGUACACGGAGCUCCAUGGACUGUACUUUGACUUUUUGGAACGAUACAGAGAAGAUGUCGAAGCUUUGUGUUUUCUUGUUUCUAAUGGGCUUCCUUCUUGGCAGAUGCCAGGCGGACGAAUUUGCCGAGUGCAUUGGCAAUGAUGGGGGCUUUGUUUCCUCUCAAAAGAGCUGCGCACACUACAUUUUCUGUAACGGAAAUGAUUCAUAUGACGGUGAAUGCCCUGACGGCGAAUACUUCAGCUCCGAUACGGAAAUGUGCGAGCCAAUGGGCGAUAUUGAUUGUCGCUCAGGACAGGCUAUGGAGACGGAUAAUACACCAGAAUUAGAUUCUAGUACAGAUAGCUCAACAGUUGUCCAUACUGAAUCGCCUCCUAAUAGUACUCUAGCAGCCGAAUCACUGAACGCCACAUCAACUCCAACGUCCAUCGAUGGCCCAGGGAGCAACACGACAGUAUUUGCCCCGAGUGUGGAGAUAAUUGUGACCAGUAUUUGCCCACGAGAGGAUAACAAGAGCCGCAUCAUAUUAAUGGCAAAUCAAAAUUCCUGCACGGACUACUAUGUUUGCUAUCAGGGUGAACCGUAUCCCAUGAACUGUGCGGCCACCUUGCACUUCAAUCCCGGCACUGGCAAAUGCGAUCAUCCCGAGAAUGUGCGAUGCCUGGCAACCACAAACAAUCCCCGGGAGCAGUGCAAACGACAUACAAUGGAUAUUUACCCGCACCCAGAUAAUUGCAAUUAUUUCUACCAAUGUCGCCUGGGAUACUUAAUUGUACAGCAGUGUCCUUUCUUUUAUGGCUGGGACCACGAGAAACGAUCCUGUGUGGUUCUCAGCCAGGCCAAGUGCUAUAACCAAAGCAAAUUUCAAUGAAAUGAUAAUAAAACUUUAGUAUGUACUCUCAG